ACCCUGACCAAGCGAGGUAGUCUCGACAGAGCAGGAACGGGAGAGUUCCUCAGUCAAUUUGCGUAUAACCUACAGACUUCAUUAGGCCUACUAUAACCUCAAUAUUGAGUCUAGGGACUCUCAAAAGCAUUCACGGAGACAUUUUGUGCAAGUUCUGGAUUGAAGGAGUUACGAAGGACACAGAAAGGCAUUUUAUUGCGGAUUCCAGCUUUUUCACAACACGGCCUUCCUCCUACUGCGGCGAGCGCCACCAUGAGUCUGAGCGUGAACGAGCUGACGGAGCUGAUGGAGAUGUGGGAGGAGCUUAACUUCACGGGGGAACAAUACGGAGACAACAUGUCAUCCCACCACGUGGAGGCUCUGCUGUGCCCGGCCGGGUUCAGCCAUGGGGCGGUGCUCUACACCCUCUCUGUCCUCUACAUCUUCAUCUUCCUGGUGGGCCUGGCUGCCAACUCCCUGGUGGUGUGGGUCAACCUCCGCUCAGAGAGAGACCGCUAUGAGACCCACCUGUACAUCCUCAACCUGGCUGUGGCUGACCUCUGUGUGGUGGCUACCCUCCCUGUCUGGGUCAGCUCGCUGCUACAGCGCGGCCACUGGCCCUUCGGCGAGGCCGUCUGUAAGAUCACCCACCUGGUGUUCAGCGUCAACCUCUUCGGGAGUAUCUUCUUCCUCACCUGUAUGAGCGUGGACCGCUACCUGUCCGUGGUGCUGUUCGGAGACGGAGGGAACAGCCGUAGGAAGAAGGUGGUAAGGAGGGUGAUCUGUAUCCUGGUGUGGCUGCUGGCGCUGGCCGCCUCUGUCCCAGACACGUACUUUCUCCAGGCGGUCAAGUCCACACACUCUGACGCCACCCUGUGCCGGCCCGUCUACCCCACCGACAACCCCCGGGAGUGGAUGGUGGGCAUCCAGCUUAGCUUCAUCAUCCUGGGCUUCGCCAUCCCGUUCCCGGUCAUCGCCGUCUUCUACCUGUUAUUAGCAGGCGCCAUCACCAACGCCAACCCGCCCGGCUCCAGCGCCAACUCAAAUCAGGAGCGCUGCAUCAGCCGGAAGAUCAUCCUAACCUACAUUGUGGUGUUCCUGGUCUGCUGGCUGCCCUACCAUGGAGUCCUAUUGGUCGACACUCUAUCUCUCCUCAACGUCCUGCCCUUCAGCUGCAGGCUGGAGAACUUCCUGUAUGUGUCCCUCCACCUGACCCAGUGCUUCAGCCUCAUCCACUGCUGCAUCAACCCCAUCAUCUAUAACUUCAUCAACAGGAACUACCGUUACGACCUCAUGAAGGCCUUCAUCUUCAAGUAUUCCACCAAGACGGGCCUGGCCAAGCUCAUUGACGCAUCACAUGUGUCCGAGACGGAGUACUCGGCCGUGGCGGCGGUGGAGAAUAAUGUGUGAUUGGCCGCUGUGACAAGAUCAGAUAGGAUACACUUUAUUGUCCCUGAGGGGAAAAUGUUCUUGGACACACAGAGGUGAUGUCACACAACCCACAGAGAACUGACUCUCUACCAAACUGACUCUAUUAAAGGCGUGCUGAACAGGCUGAACAGUUAACUGACUGCAUGCAGUCCCUGGGAAGGACAUCUCAAGCACAUCAGACGCACUGUAAAAAACCAAGACCAAAUACACAAGUUCUGUUUCAUUUACACAUUUCGUUUUGUAGUAUUUCCCCCUUUUUGAGUGAGUUUGGUUAACUUCCCCCUUGCUUAGUAACAGGGGUGGGGGGUCUUCUUGAGAAAGCACUUCUUCUGAACUGGAGACUUGCUGUCACCCAAACAGAUGGGUCAAUGACACCGUAAACACACGCACGCACGCACGGACGCACACACACACACACACACACACACACACACACACACACACACACACAC